AUGGUCUACUCAACUUCGUACGCGGCGGCGGCGGUGCUAGGCCUGUUCGCGGCUUCCGGAUCGGCCCAGAACUUCACCAUCGCCAAUGGCCAAAUCUUCACGCCCGGGCUUGUCAUCUUGGAUGCACCUCAGCCGGGAACUCCGCUGGGCGGCGAUAACCUGCAAGUUGCGAUAGACGUCUCGACCAACGGCAAGAUGCCGCUGCCGCCGUACGCCUCGGACAGCCCAACCAAGAUCUUCAACGUGACCAUGUUUCUGUCCAGCUACACCACCGGCCGCAACUUCACCAUCUCGAACGGCACCGCGACCGCCAACAACGCCAGUCUCGGCGAGAUCAUGGUCCAGGAGCCCGGUAGCACGGUGAAGCACGUUAACUGGAUCUGGCCCGAUUGUCUCGUCGGCAACGGACAGCCCAGCUCGGCCGCCAGCGAUCGCGGUGCUUACAACAUCUCCAUCCGCCAAAACUUCCGCCUCAACGGUGAAGACCACUACACAAUCUUUGACGUGCCCAUCUCCGUCACAAACAGCAUCGAGAAAAAAGACGGCCGCCCCUCCUGUGACGCCCUCAACAACCCGCUCCUCACCGCCGACCAGCUCAACGCCACGGCCGCCAAUGGCGUCGGCGUGCUCUUUGCUCCCGGCGACUCCACCACCAUCAAUGUAAAAUCGGGCUCCGGCAGCGGCGACGAUGGGCUCAGCGGGACGAAGCCUGAGGCGACGCCUGGUGACGGCCUUGGCGCGGGAGCCAGCUUGAGCUGGAGCGACGGCGCGCACUGGUUGUGUUUGGUGAGCAUCGGCGCCGCGCUAAUGCUCUGA